GUUUGAGAAGCAAGUAGGAGGGAAACAGUAGAGAUAAAAAGAGAAUAGUCUGAACCGGUUCAAGCGUUACAAUCACAUUAAUUUGUUAUUGAGUCGAGAGUGUAUUUAGUUACUUUUUAACUACUCUGAAUUUAAAAAAAAAUUGUUAUUUUGUUUCUAAAUAUUAAUCACUCAUCAUGGAUGCGUUUUUAAAUAAGAAAUAUAAAUUAAGCUCUAGUAAACAUUUCGAUGAAUAUAUGGAAGCAGUAGGUGUUGGUAUACUUACACGGAAAAUGGGUAACUGUAUAUCUCCAGUUGUCGAACUUACAAAAAAUGACGAUGAAAAGUAUACCUUAACUUCAAAUUCAACUUUCAAAAACACGGCGACUGUAUUUAAAUUAGGUGAAGAAUUUGAUGAAGAAACUCCCGACGGUCGUAAAGUCAGAUCAAUUAUUACACAAGAUGGAAAUACUUUAGUGCACAAACAAAAAAGUGACAAGUUAGAAACAACAAUAAUCAGAGAGUUCAAACCUGACGAACUUAAGAUGGUUUUAACUGUAAAUGACAUCACUUGCACCAGGAUUUAUAAGCCUUUAUAAAUAAAAGAAUAAAUUUGCUCAAUAGAUAUUAUAAAUUAUAACUUGAUAUAGUUGUUUAAACUUAUUACAGCAUUAGAUCUUCUAUCUAUGUUCUAAACUUAUUAAAUAUUUAUUUAUUUACGA